AUGGAGGAGUUUCGGCGCUCCGAGGAGGUUGAGAUGCAGCAACUUCUGCAGACCUGGGUGGCUGAGACCAAGGAAAAAUUCAUGGCAGACUGUGAAGAAGCUGCCCUUCAGCGGAAAUGUUGCUGCAGAAUGUUGCUGGACCAUCCUGACCACCUGAUUAGAAGAGAUGUUAGUGAAAGCAUCUUCCUGGAGCAGUUGCAAGCUAUGCUUUCAGAGUUGGGCUUCCACAAAGGAAUCGUUACAGUUGCAACCAUGUGGCAGAAGAAAGGCAGGCACUGGCAAAAUGUUCGCUGCUUGCAGCUGACCGCACAGUGGACAGUGGAUGAUGGAGCUUCCUCCGGCUCGGACACACCUCCGAAGGCCGCUGGUGGCAGCUGUGCAACGUGUCCCAUUUGUCACGAUCAACGCCCACCGGUGGUCCUGGUGCCCUGUGGCCAUGUGGUUUGUCAAGAUUGCCAUCGGGAUCAUCCACUGAAGAAGUGCCCCAUGUGCCGGGAUUCUCCACAUUUCACUUGUCCCCCAAAGAGCUUCACUGCCAGUGCAGCUCUUGCCCUUCCAACCUACAACUUCAAGCGCGAUCGGAGCCCGGUGCCAGAUGGCCUUCCAGGAAUCCUGUUCCUAUUUGCCAGGACUUUCAGAUGGAUUCUUCAGUUUGAGACAGUCGAUGCUCCACGCAGGCUGGAGAAUUGGGCGGACGCGCCGGACGCUUCCAUCAAUGACUUCGCUCUUGUCAUCUCCGUGUCAGUCACCAUCUCCAGCCCAGUGACCAAUGGCCCUGCAGGUGUAGCACAAGUGCCGCAGCGCGGGCGCUUUGAGGUGGCAAAGAAGUCCGUGGAGGCUCAGCAGGCAUAUGACAUUGAGACGCAGCGACUCCAGCAGCUUUGGGUGGCUGAGAUCAAGGAGAAGUUCAUGGCAGAAUGCGGUUUUGCUGCUGACCAGCGGCGGCUUUCCUGCACCAUGCUGGUUGAUCGUCCCAACCACAUCACAAGCAGGGGUGUUCCUCCCGACUCUUUGCAGCAGCAGCUCCAGGGCCUUUUGGCGGAGUUGGGCUUCCAAGAUGGAUCUGUAGAUCCCUUUAAACCCUUUGGGGUCUAUCAGAAUGGUCAUAGAUGUAUUGUUGCCCACAGAGGCAGUCUGACCGCGAAAUGGGCCUCUGAGGAUGCGAUCUCCACCAGCCCUGAGCGCAGCCCCAAAGCCGCAAGCGGCACCUGUGUGACGUGUCCCAUUUGUCACGAGCACCGCCCAGCUGUGGCCUUGGUGCCCUGUGGCCACGUGGUUUGCCGCGACUGCAUUGGCUGUGGAUGUUGGUUGCUAGGCACCUGCUUUGGUGGGCUGAAUCUUCUUAUCCUCUUGGAUGAGAGGAUCCUGCCUGGUGCAUGGUCGGAAGAGGUGCCUCACUUUUUGCACUCCGGCUGCUUGAGACUGUUGAAAUCAAGGCUGGACGCCACGGCUGAUGACGGCCUAGGGUGGCCGGGUCGAAAGGUUUCAAAGUUUCGCAGAUCUCCGCCACUCAUGUUUGGUGCGAAAGCUGGUGAAGCUUCAAAGGUGGAGCCGGUGAGCGCUGGAGCAACUCGACGUGCGCCGCCCAAAUCUGCCGUGAGAAGGUCAGAUUACAGUACGCAGCCUUGUGAGCACCUGUCCUUGUCCGUCAUGUCGUUCGUGCAGCAGUUGGGAAGGAACGUUGUCCGAGCCCAGCAGCAGUACGACAUGGAACGGCAGCAGUACGAGGCCGAGACGCAGCGACUGCUGCAGCUCUGGGUGGCUGAGAUCAAGGAGAAAUUCAUGGCCGAAUGCGUCGAAGCAUCUCACAAGCGGCACCUUUCCUGCACUAUGGUGGUUGGCCAUCCUGACCACCUCGCAGCCAGGGGUGCUGGCGGAGACCUGCUGAACCAGCUCUGGGGCAUUCUGGCGGAGCUGGGCUUCCAAGAUGGAAACGUUGCUCCUUUUGCUAAGAGACUAGCGCUUAGGCCUGAUUCCAGCUACUGUGCCCUUCUUACCGGCAAGUGGACCGCCGAAGAUGCAACUUCCACCAGCCCACAGCAGAGUCCCGCAGCCCGCGGUGGCACCUGUGUGACGUGCCCCAUCUGCCACGAACAUCGUCCAACCGUGGUCCUGGUGCCCUGCGGCCACGUGGUGUGCCGCGAGUGCCAUGGUUGUCAGAAGCUGCGGCAGUGCCCCAUGUGCCGGGAGGUGAUCGCAUCGACCAGUCGUGGGCUUUUCAUGGACUGAGCAUCCUGAGCCCCGUUGGCUGGUGGUGGGCAAGGUCUUCUUGGGAUGAUUUUGCCUAGCGGCCUGGCACAUGGCAGCAAAAAGUGCUGCAGUUUUGGACACUUGAGACGUUUGGUGGUGAGGCUUUGUUUGUCUGAAGCUGGAUGGCCCGUCCUUCCUGAGAGAAUUUUUGCGCCAGAUAUGCGUGCAUAGCCACAAGUGCAUGUCCUCUCA